AUGGCAGAACACUCAGAAACCCUCAAGCGAUAUCUUGAGGAGGAUGCAGACGACCUACGAAUCAUUGAGGAAGCUCGAAAACGUAUGAAAGUUCGUCAGGAGCAGCGCACGAUCGACUCCCAAACUUCAGCCUCGGUCUACACAGAUGGAAACGUUAAUCGUCAGCAUCACGAGCCGCCUGUAAAGGUUGAAAGUCAUGGUAGCUUCGAACUUGGCCGCAAUCUUGAUGAUGUCCCGACAGGCGAUCAAGAUUCGACAAGCGAGUACGACGCGUCCCUCCCGUCCAGUCCCGCUGGCGCAAUUGUUGACAUCAACAUCUACAAUCGAGAUGGUUCCAUCAACUUCUGGAACAUUGUCAAGCUGUUCAGCCAGAGCUAUGAGCACAGUGAGCCUGACGUGCUAUCGUGCGGAACUUGCUGUGCCUUGCCCGACGACCCUGUCCUGACGGACUGCCUCCAUCUGUACUGCACCGAAUGCUUUACUGAACUCCUGAUACGUUACAACCACGGAGGAGUCUCACCGGCCCCGGAGUUAUCAUGCGAGGCUGAAGAAGGUGACCAAAUCAAGAAUUAUAUCAAGCUGUCUGGCAAGAUGUUCGAGAUCCUGGCCAGCUCCGUGAACUUGGUCAUUGAAGGCAGACUCGCCGUUCCAUUCGAAAACCCGCAGCCUGCGGACAUGCAUACAUGUGGCAACGGCGAUUGUAGCAACGCCAGUAUGGGACCGGCCAUGGAAAUUCCUGCAUCCGAACUGGACGACAUCUCUGCACUCUGGGACGUCAUAGUGCAAGCCAAGCGCGGCUCUGAUGCCCACCAAGACAACAACGAGGCCCGUGACGAAGUUUCCUAUGGUGAAGCGCUCUCAUCGGGAGGUGAAGCCAAAGAACCCUUCAUCAACGACGGACCCAUCAAACGACCGUUCUACGCCUCGGAGUCGGAAGACCUCAACAGUGACAGUGACAGCUCGGACGAGUUUGGCGAUAAUGUGUCGGAGAUAAGUCGUACAGAGCUCCGAGGGCUGUGGAACAACGGCUCUCGGCCGCUCGUCAAGGAUGGCCCUGCGCCAACAUCACCAUCGUGGACUACAUCGAGGAGUUCCUUCUCUGAUCAGGAUAUCAUGCUGGGUACGAAUGGAGCAUCGGAAAAUGGAGGUCAAGCUGUGUCUGUACAGGAUAAUGAGGAUACACAACAGUUGCGACUGGGAGAAUUUGGGACCGUGGAUCGGCCAAUCAAUCUGGUAGACGGUACGCAUUCGGACGUGUAA